AUUUGCACAAAUUUAAAUUACUCUUUUCAGUGCCUCGCGUACAGCAUCAUAGCUUUAAAAGCUUUCGGGAGGAUAUUAAUACAAUUUUAAUGCUCAUCUUUUUGUAAUAUUUAUCGAAUGUUUCAUUCGGAUUUCUUUGAAAUAUAUCAAAGUCUAAUACUUUUUUCAAUAUGUCGUUAAGCUUUUUGUUACUUCACGGAAAAUUCUGUUAAAAGUUCCAGUUCAAAAGAUAAAACAUACCUUUGUUGCCGUAACUUGAAACGACUUGCUUAAUUCCAUUUUUUUUAACGAGGGAUCAAUGUUUAACAAUUUUCUAUCCCAUUAUGUUAAUUUUAUUUUAUUAUCUGAAUGCUAACAUGAUUUCAUUUGAGGUAGGCAUUAUAUUAGUACCUGCUGCGUAUUACGAGAGCAGAGUUCAACUAGACUUAAAAUGCACAACUUAUGUUUUAUUCUAAAUGUUUUGCUGUAUAGAUAUGCCUGCAUUUUCAAGAAACUGAAUCGUAGUUAUCAUCCUCUUCCCCUAUGUACUUAUACGCAUGCCUGCAAAUGAGUCUAAAUCCUAUUACCUAUGUGUUAGAUCACCCGCUCCUUAGCUCGUCGCAGAUGUUUAUGACGUGUUUACUGAACCGCAGUGGCCGUGGCGAGGCGAAUCGCGAUUACAGACUAGUUUACAAACAGCUCUUCUGAAUUAGCUCGUUUUUCAUGUAGUGCAGAGAAGGCUGAGUAGAAGAAGUCCAGUGUGCCGUCCGUUUUUAACGCGGACAUGGAUAUUUAAAACAAGUGUGGAAACCAUAUUAAGCCUUUGGAAUAAAAGAAACCAGCAUGAUGCGGCGCGGCUCAAUGGCCAUCCUCGGCGGCGGGGAACCGCUGAUAGUGGUGGAAGAGAGCGGCGCGGAAGAAGAGGCCUCCUACCGUAGCCCGGUGGCCACGCGCGGCCUGUCCAUCGACCAGGAGUCCCCACCCGACCCGUACCACUUGUCACCGUGGCGCGACACCCGCAAGCACUCCCUGCCCACGCCUUCUUGUACUACCGGCCCAACUGCUAGUCAGGUCCGUCGUCUAUCAGAGCGAGGAGAAGGCGCCGCUCGCGAAGCACGCGAAGCUGCUUUCCUAGCGACACUGAGCCAGGUCCAGCCACAACCAGGUGGUCGAAGACAUUCCGUUGUGACAAUAUCACGCGUGCCACAAGCGCUGUUCGGGCGAGGUCGCCGCGAGUCAAUCGCCGCCUUCCCCGCGCUGGGCCGCCGUCGGGACUCAGUUAAGAAAUGUCCACCAGCAACCGAAACAUUAGGCAGCACCCAUAAUUUACAACUCGACAUCAUGGAUGACAUCGUACAAGCCCGGAAAGUACGCAUGCGCCUUUGGAACACCUCUAGUGAACGCGUCUGUGAGGUGCAGCCACUGGACGAACGCUCGCCGAUGAGCGGGUCCGUGCGAUACACGAACCGUGGCCGACGGCACUCUGACUUCGUCGGGUCGCCAUUGCCGCCUAUUCCUGCUCGCCGACGUGCCUCCGAGAUGCCACCACCACCGCCCAUCCCACCGCGAAGCGGCGCUGGCGUUGUCUGCACUGACACAGAUCUCCAUCACAUGCUUAAUGCGCUCACAUCUUCUUCCACUGAAAUAGACCUCUGCGGCAAGCCCGAACGAACACGACGAUUGGCCGACACGCGCUCUAGCAGCUUCGACGCGUCAACUUUGCGAGACAAACCCCCAGGAUCAGGCACUACUUGGUUCACGCGACGCCAUCAGACCUUGGCCACAAAGAAGAAAGUAAACGAACCACAGAAAAAAUCCAAAGUCACUUUUGCACCAGACGCUAAACAAGCCCCGGGGGAUAUAGCGGCGGUCGUGUGGGAUCAGCCGUCUGGUUCGAUCGUAGAUGCCAGCGCCCUUGGAAGUGCAAUUGAAGUUUUUCUCAGGAAGGGUGGAGCAGGAGACCCUGGAGUUUCGGGGACUACGGCCACCACUUUGAAAGAGACAGGAAAAAGUACUGGCGCACGACCCAAAGUGCCGGAGCCGCCAGGAGCAUCUCGGUCGUCGGGCCGACCCGGUGACGAGCGCUGGUGUCCCACCAGGCCCGAAGACGAUGAAGGAGCGCAGGGAUGCGAUGCAACCCUGUGCACAUCAUUAAAAGACCUUUUCGUGUAGAUGCACCCAGUGCGGAUUACUCUUGUAAAUUAUUACCUAGCCGUUACUGAUUGAUUUCUUAAAAGGAGAGUGAGAUGUGCGAGAGGGUUCAAGGUCUGCGGUCCGCCGCGACUCGUUCCACGUCCCUUUCUCGCGUUCGAUGUACCUUUUGUACUUUACGGAUCUUUCAAUGUGAUAGUCUGUGCGCUGAGCCUAGCGCCGGUCGUCCCCACCGUCUCAUUUCUAAGUGUGAAUGCAUACAUAUUUGCCUGUAUUACCAUCAGAACCCUCGGUGCUUAAAAAAUGCUGACAUGCAUCCGCACAAAAUCGGACCGUUUCAUACCCGCGACCGACGCCCCGCUUUGCGCGCAAUUAUUUUUAGAGUGAAUUCUAUUUUCAUUGUAAAUUUUUAAUAUUAGCAAUCAAAAUAUUGACUUAUUGUUAGAUAGAGAAAUAUAUUUGUGAUGAGCGGGCGCGCGUUUUCCGCCGCCUCAGCGGUCUCCCGCCGCGCGCCCCACCCCGCUCCCCGCCCCGUGUCGUUCGACAAUGUGUCUUGUAAUCCACUGUAACAUUAAACAAUUCAACUUAAUCAUAUAGCCGACAAAAUUAUGGAGUUUUCGGGAGAAAUGUACGCUUAAUAGAACGAAGCGGCUGACUGUCAGCCGCUUCUUAUCAAUAAAAGUUUUUAUCGAUGUUA